ACACAGGACACUGGACAUUCACAGAGCUCCCAGGGUCAGCCUGAGAGGGGAAGACAGAAGUGCCAGGAGGAGCCUGGAGUGGAAUGCAAGAAAAAUGACUUUACUGGCGUUCCUCUUCCUGCUCACCUUGGUCCCAGCUGGGUGUCUAAGGAGCAGACACCCCCCCAAGGCAGCCAUCUCCAGCCCCGUGUUCGGCCCCAGGGAGGUGCACGGCGUGAAGGGUGGCUCGGUCACCGUGAAAUGCUUCUACCCCCCGACACCGACGAACAAGCACGACAGGAAAUACUGGUGCAGGCAGAAGGGCUCCAGCUGCCUCACCUUGGUGUCCUCCAACUUCGUGGCUGCUGCCUACCAGGGCAGGGUGACCCUCACUGACCACCCCCAGGAGAACCAUUUCCUGGUCAACAUCUCAGCGCUGGAGAUGAGCGAUGCCGGCACCUUCCAGUGUGGCGUGGGCAUCAAUGGCAGGGGCCUCUCCUUCAGAGUCACCCUCAGCGUUGCUGAAGCCCCACCUGUUCCUGAGGAUGCUGAGCUCUUCUACGUGAAGCUGCGCAGCACCUGGACUGUGACCUGCGGCUUUGGGAAGGAGACGGCCGAGAUGAAGAAAUACCUGUGCAAGAAGGAGAAGGAUGGCUGCAGGAACAUCAUCAACAGCUAUCAGGACAAAGAUGUCCCAGGGGGACUUCAGCUGGUUUUUGAGGACCCUCCAGGCUCGUUCCGUGUCACCAUGACUCAGAUGGACUGGGAAGAUGCAGGGGUGUACUACUGUGGGGCCGGUGACUAUGAGAAGGAUGACCCAAAGAAGGAGCUGGAUGUGUUUAUCUACGAGGACAAAAAUUUCCCUCACUUCAAGACCAACAUAACUGGAAAAGUUGGAGGUUCAGCAAGCUUCGAGUGCCUCUAUGACCCUCUGCUAAAUGCCUCCUCGAGGUUCUGGUGCAAGCAGAGAGGCAGGCAAUGUGGUACCACAAUCAUAGACAACACUGGCCGUGUGGAGGACUCCUAUGAGGGAAGAGUGACCGUGUUCCAGAACCCCGAAAACAAAACUCUCACCAUCAUCCUGAACCAGCUGCAGGAGAAGGACAAAGGCACUUACUGGUGCAUGUCAAAUCAACUGAGGGAGCAGCAAUCAUCAACAGAACUGACAGUAAUACCAGGAGAACCUUCACUGACGGGAAAGAAGGUGGUGAAGGCCCAGGCGGGCUCGCGGGUGAAUUUAACCUGCUGCUACCCCUGCAAGUAUUACUCCUUCGAGAAAUACUGGUGCAGGUGGAGCAACACGAGCUGUGCCAUGCUGCCCGUGCAGCAGCAGCAGGGGCUGCCACAGCCAGGGGAUGCCUGUAAACCAAACGCCAGGACAGUGGUGCUGAGCCUGGACCCGGUGGCCAAGGAAGAUGAAGGCUGGUACUGGUGCGGGGUGAAGCACAACGGGGUCUUCGGGGAAACCAUGGCCGUGGAGCUGCAAGUGAGCACAGGGGAAGAUGCCAAGCUCAGCCCAGAGUUCCUGGAUGUUGAUUCCAGCCAUGAUUCUGCAGCUCUUCCCCCAGGAGGAGCCCACAGUGACGCUGAGGUGCGGAAAGGAGCUGCCCCAGAAAGCUCUGAUGAAAGUCAAGGCUCCAGCACUCUGGCCUUGGUGCUGGGCCCUCUUGCUGGCCUGAUCCUGAUUGCUGUGACAGCUUUUGCCAUUGUCAAGUACCGGCAGCUGAAGAGAUCUGAUCUGGUGUCUGUGGGGAGCUACAGGACCAACAUCAGCAUGUCAGACUUUGAGAGCGUGAGGGACUUCAGUGCCAGCAACAGCGCGAAGGAGACCCACGAGACCUCCAUGGGAGGGGAUGAAUUCAUCACCACUACCACGGACACUCCGGACAGUGCUGCCAACACAACGAAGGCAAAAAGGAGCUCCAAGGAGGAAGCUGACCUCGCCUACUCCUCCUUCCUGGUCACCUCCAGCAACAUCGCCCAGGCCAGCUCUGGGGGUGACAGCGCUGUCCUGGACGUGUCCCCACCCCAGGACCAGGCCUGAGGGGAGGUGGCAACGCCUGGGACUGGCUCUGCCUUGAGGAUCACAACAUCAGCAAACAACACUGUUCAUUUCUCCCACAAUUUGCUAUAGCUUGACUUGUUUUUUGCUUCAAUUCAGCUUUGAGUGGUGAUUUAGGAGGAGUGGUUUGAUGGCAAGGGGGGCUGGAAGUGCAGGUCUGAGUGAGGAGGUUGGGCUGGGAAAUAGCAGGAACUCAUCCCACCAGCAGCCCCAGUUCCUACACUGGGCUCUCAGAGGCCAGAAGGAGCAUUGUGAAAAAAAAAAAAAAAAAACAUUUUCUUUUAAAGGCAGCUGGGAAACCUUUUAGAACAGCAUCUGAAACCUUUUAGAACAACAUCUGAUGCUUUUGAUUCCUCUGAGCUUUCCCGACCUGAGAGCAACACCUGCAGGGCAGACACGCCUGGAGUGUUUGUGUGUGAGCAAUAAAGAAUCCAGUGGCUUUCAGCA